AUAAAAUGGGCAUUCCUUAGCCUCUGUUAAAAACCACCCACGCCUUCCUGAUUGCGAAAAGCUUCGGUGCGCAGGAAGAUCCUGAGACAGCGAGCAGGACCUUCGGGCGCCCCGGGAGGAGAUUCCUGCUGCUGCUUCCAGCGAAGGGGGAGAUGCUGCCUCCAGACAACGCGCGUUUGUUUGUUUCAGCAAUUCCUGCCCGUCGGGCUUCGGCUGUUUCCAAAAAGGUUUAUCGCCGUCUGAGCUGUGUGAGCCCCUGCAAAGGAUGAGCACGCUUUAGAAACCCCUUUUCCUCCCGAAGAAGCCCCAAACCCCUGUCCCCACCCAUCACCCCCAACCCACGGGGGCGCCGGUGCUGAGACCAUCGUUUUAAAACAUGCGCCGCCCCGCCCGCCCCGCAGGAGCAGCCUCUGCUGAAUCCUGAGCGAUCUGCUCCACGGCAGAGAGCCCCGCCCCCUGCCCCACCCCCACCUCAGCCCGCGCGUCCAGUUCUCGGGAGAGCCGACCUGUCAGGCCCAAGCGCGCCCGCGGAGAGGCCGGACUGCGAGCUCUUUGCCCUGAUCCACAUCAGUGACUUGAACUAGCCUCAGACGGAGUUUUCUAGUUGGGCGAACUUCACACGUCUUUGGUGGGAAGAGGAGCUGCCUCCAAUCCGGUGCUCUCCGGAAGUGCUGGACUAUCUUGCCCAGUGUCCACAGCCAGCAAAACUGCACUACCCAGUGAUGGGAUCUGUAGUCCAACUCUUUCAGAAAGUUUCCUCUCGAGGUGGCCAAGAAGAACAAACCUAAACCCUGUUCUUACUUCCUGACUCCUAGGAUUUGGAAAGUAAUGCAACAGAACGCUUUUGAGGAAAGCAAAUCCACGUGGCAGGAAUCGCUGGAAAAUGCCGGUGCCCGCAUGCCAUUUCGCUGCCCCCGGUGUGGGGACCACGCCCGGUUCAGGAGCCUCUCCUCCCUGAGGGCUCACCUGGAGUACAGCCACACUUUCGAAGACAGAAGCCUUCGGUCCACAGGCGGCCUCUUUUCUCCCCUCAAGGUGGGUCGGGGCUCCUCUCCCCAGCCCCAGCCCCAGGGGACGUUCGGGGAUGGCGGCAGCAUCCUGAAGCCGAGGCUCUCCUAUCUGAACUUCUGCGAGCCGGAAGAUCCGCGGCCCAGGAGGCCCCUGGCGGGGGAGGCGGAAUGGCCGGCCGACCUCGGAUCCAGCCACGCCUCGGGCGAGUCUGCCCGGGACCCCGCUGGGAAGGCCAUGGACUCCGGCACCUCCUUCGAGGCUCACGUGCGGGAAAAGUUCAACCGCAUGGUGGAAGCCGUGGACAAGACCAUCGAGCGGAGGAUGGAGACCCUUUCCCGCCAGCUGUCCCAAAAGACCGCUGAGCUCUUGGAGGUCCGGGCGGCCUACGCGCAGCUCUCCCAAAAGAAGCAGGAGGUGCAGCGGCGCGAGAGGGCCCUGAACCGCCAGGUGGACGUGGCGGUGGAGAUGAUCGCGGUGCUCCAGCAGCGGCUCACCGAGUCGGAGGAGGAACUGCAUCGGAAGGAGGAUCUGGUCCUGGAAAGCGCAGCAUCGGGCUGGCUCUGUGUGCAUCAGGAGCGCAAGAGGGCAGAUCUCCGGACGGAAACUGGGCGUCUGCUCCUUCUGCCGCUGCUCUUUGCAGCCACAAUCCCAACGGAGCUGUUUUGUGGCCCUCGCAGAGAAGUUGUUACGUUUAAUCACUUCCUGGAGGAGGCGGCUGAGAAGGAGGUUCGGGGGAAAGCCAGGCUGGAGCGCUUCAUUGAGAACCUGCUGCAGCGAGUGGAUCAGGCCGAGAAGCAGCUGGAAAAGUACCAGAAUCAGCAGGGGUCCGGGGACAUCAGCGAACAUCUGUUUACAGAUCUGUCAUCCAUUAAGAAACCCAGAUGCCUCUGGGGAUACCAACACAGUUUUUGUAGCACACCUGACCCCAAACCGCAUUCGCUUCAGAAAGGGCGGGUGUUCCUGAAGAAAGCCAAGGAGGACAGAAUCAGUGCUCACCCAGUUAAAUGGUUUUAUGAACCUGUGGACGGUUCCAGGGACAUUUGGAGACCCCAGAAGAAAGCAGACGCGGGCAACAACAUUGUCCGAAAGGUUAACGUGAAAUCAAAGAUCGGCAAAAAGAGCAAACCGCUCUACUAAGACACCCAUAUAUAUCUGUGGAAGCUCGAGAACAGAGAUAAACGUCAUUGCAGUCACUUCAAGGCGACCACGAGAAGACUUCCAGAUCUGAAGAGGUUCGCCCCAUGACCACCAUCAUGCUGGACCAGUUUCAUCAGGAUGGUGCGCCUACUGUGGUCCUUGGGAAGAGGGAGGGCACCUGGGUCCGUCAGCCUAAACAGCUGAUUCCUUGUCCAUGAUUAGGGUGGGUGAGACCCAGGACUUCACACCUUGGCGUGUUGCGUGUUCUUGAGAUGCUUCCCGUCAGAGGCAGAUGUAGGAAAUUUUUCUGCACUUGGGAUCGCAGCAUCCACCAAUAGCCUCGUCAUCCUUAUUAUUUAUUUUAUUUUUAAUCACUGAACAACUGGAACUAUUGACCCUACCCACCAUAAUGCUUGAUAGCAAGUUUUGGGAAACAUGAAUGCUUAUAUAUUAUUUGGGGAUCUUAAGUUGGCCCUAAUAAAGGUGUCCCCUGAAUACAGAUUCAGAAAUUGUUACUAGAGUGAUGGGGGGGAGAGAGGGAUGCUCCCGACCGUCACAUCCUCACCCCAAAGAACUUGGCCAAAGACGGUUAUCCCUUGUUCCCUUUCCCACUUUCCCUGCUUCCUGUGCAGGCUGGCAGUUCUGCAGCUGUUCCCUCCUCAAGGGGUGGAUCCUGGGACUGUGGACCAUUUGACUUGCUGCACCAAGGAUAUGGGCAAGGGAAGUACACAUACGUAUGGAGAGUCCCUGAAAUAUUGCACCAGGCCACCAAAGUUUUGGAAGAUCCUACUGUCGUUUCAUAGGGUUUCAGGCUUCCCACGCGAGAGAGCUGGCUGUUCUUGCAUGGGGAGGAUCUCGUGAACGAUUGCCAAACUCUUGCAAGACUUCAGCCGUUUAAAAACGUGUGAUUGCUGGUUUAUUGGGGGGGGGGCUAUUUUAAUACCUUGCUUGGAGGGCCUCCUGCAAAUGCGAUGGGGAGGCAGAAGCAUCUGGCUUUGCAGCUUGCCCUGCCCUCUUCCCUGGGGCGGAGGGAGAGGGGCUGCCGACUCAUGCAUCGCAGACUUGGCUCGCCCAGAGUGGGGUGAGCUGAGGGCAGGGGCGGAAGCAGGAGGUUGGCUGCAGGCUUUGGGCCGGCAGGUGCCCGUCCCUGGAAAAGCGUUUUGGCCACCAGAGCGACAAAGCCAGUAGAAAAGAGUUACCUCCCCUUUCGGUGGGAAGACGAGACCAAGAGACAGACGUGGCCCCCCCUUCCUGCUGCCUCUGUGUCUCCCAGAGCCUCUGGCUCUGCCGAAGAGACAAGGGAAAAGCCCGGCUGGGAUUUCACAGGCUGAGCCACUGAGGUCCCUUCCCGCCUUCUCCACUGCUCUUGGCGGCUGUGCUUUAAUAACGUUAGUCUUCAUGCAAAGUUUACAGAUACUUUACUUUCUCCAGAGUACGAAAAAAGUAGCAGAGCCCUGAAUCCCUACCAUUCAUUUUUAAAUGCUUCUGAUAAAAGAUGUAAAAUGUCUUUAUGUGAGGUGGUUUUACGGUAAGCAUAUUAAGCCUUGUGGAUUGUUUUUCUUACAAGAGUUAAAUUUAUUUAGGAAAAACAGUAUGAUUGUGGCAAUAAAAACAGGGUUUGCAAUAUAUUUAACAGAGGUGAAAAACAAGUAAGAGCAUAUGUAAUUGUAGUGCUUGAUCAUUCUGUUAAAAUGUUGCUUCAU